AUGUACUCGACAUUUAGUGUAGCAACAAAGGCGAAGACGAACAAACAAGGCUCUGAAAAUGCAAGCAACCCGCGCCCAAAACGAAACCACGUGUCUGUGGCCUGUGAGAGCUGCAGGAAGAAUCGUAUCAAAUGCGAUAAUUCUCGGCCUUGCCGAAAUUGCAGGCAACGAAAAAUCACUUGUGCAAAUGUGGAGUCUGGCGACACUCGGGCUCUCACCAGACAGAUUCAACACCUCUUGGGGAGAGUGGAAGAGUUAGAAGGUCGCGUGCAAGACUCCGAUGCCGCAGCCAGUUCGGAGUCUCCUUCAGCUCAGAGUCCGUCGCAUGUUGGCCAGAUUCAUACCAAAGCCAACGCCAUGCUUCAAGAGCAACCAGUCGGAAAAGCAGGUACUUCUGGUGCCGUCGAGACACCUCAAGCAGUCAAUCGGAUGACCCUCAACCUGUCGACCGCAUCUUUUGUGUCACGGUUAAACCUCGUGCUCGCUGGUCGAUUUCCGCGCCGGUUGAGUGCCGCGUUAGUGGUGCCAUCCGGCGGCAGCUUGAAUUUCCAAGAAUUCGCCCUACCCCCAGAGAUAUCACGGACCAUGGAGAAUUAUUACAUCCGGCUGUAUUGGCGCACGACGCAUCGGACACUACCGGUGGUCGAUGAGGACUCCUUUACUGAGCAUUACACCUCACUAUGGAGCGAAAGCUCUAGUUCGGAGGUUCGUCUUCCCUCCUGCCUUGUGGAUAUAAUACUCGCUAUAUCACUGCAGCACGAGAGCAACUGUAAACCUCAAGGAAGACCCACGAAGCCUGGAGCAGAAGAAUUUCACGGUCGUGGCCAGAGUCAGACAGAGUUGAUGUCUCAAGCUUUAUAUGAGCGGUGCGCGAUCAACAUCUCUGCGGAAUACGAGAACCCCUGUUUGAGCACGUUACAAUGCUAUAUUUUAUUGGUGAUUUACCUUCGGGGAUCGUGGAGCCACAAUGCAGCCUACCAGUUCCUGGGGUUGGCUAUCCGAACUGCCAACAUCCUUGGGCUUCAUCAAAAGCAUCCAGCCAACGCCUCAGUGGGGGAACGACGGAUUCGAGAGCGUCUGUGGAAUAUACUAUUUUGCCUAGAUACACAGCAGUUUCUUGAAUUUGGACGUCCAUUUGGAAUCUUGGAACAGACUCACCAAUUAAACCCCCAGGGGCAACCUUUAAAACGGUCCUAUAGGCAAUUGUCGGAUGCGGAGGUAGACGAGGAAGAAGGCAGUUUUCUUGGUCGAUAUUUUGGUCUCAUAGAAAUUGCAAAAAAAGUACACAUGGUAUUCAAUUCACAAGCGAGGAAUCUGCAAGGGACAUAUGACGACAAAUUUCCUUCCGCAUCAGAAGUACUCAACUGCUUUGAGGAAGAUUUGGCUCAAAUCGCGACUCUCCUUGUAUCAUGGGCAAGGAAGGUCCCCCCAAAACUCCGCUUGCAGCGAAAGGCUGAUACUGCUUCUUUUGCAACGGAGGUGGAUUUGGAUCUUGACGCGGACACCCCAGUAUGGCGCCUGCGGCAAUGUUUGCUCCUGGAACUCUCUUACCAUUGGAUCAAUAUUGGAAUCCUCCGAUGGGCAUUGGAUUCAGAGACUGGGGAGCUGCACAAAUUUUCUUUCAUUAUGGAGAAAGCUCGGUCCGUUAUUAAGCACGCAUUCGCCAUAACAAGCAUCCUAAAUCAAGCUCUCGUGGAAACGGAUGCAAUUCACGGCUGGUAUGAUUCCCAUUUCAUCCAAUGGGAUGCAGCUUUAACUUUGAUCGGCUUUGCGCUUGCUUACCCUCACCAUGCGCUUGUGGCGGAAGUAUUGUCGAUGCUGAAUACAAGUAUUUCAAUCUUCGACGCGCUUGGAACGAGAUUUACUCGUGCUGCCGCCGAUGUUGUCAAAGAGUUCACAACAAAGUUUGAACAAAUAGUGCCAGGCAGCAGUGGUAGCAGAGGAAACAGUAUCUUUCGAUCAGGUUCGCAAGAGCCUGGCCUCACAAUGAUACCUCUCGCGGACCCAAGUUUUGAUAUUUUGCGGACAAAAUCAGGAGACUUGAGCAAUCCUUUCAUAGCGGGUUCCCCGAGAGACUUUGCGCUUCCAAUUGAUUUCGAAGCCGUUUCCUUAGCAAACGAGGGAACACUUGCAGAGGCAAUCCACAUGGAUGAUGGGUUCCCGGCGCUCUCUAUGAUCUGA